UGAAAAAAUGCAUUUUUAACAAACCCCGAAAGGAGCUGCUUGUUAUCACCUGAUUUAAACUUUUCAAAUGUUUGUAAACCAGACUAUUUUGUCUGUGGGAUUUUUUGCAAGUUCCUUAAAUAACUGUAUCCUUCUUGUUUUAACUGUUACCCAUAACUUUACCUUUAAGCGAAUUUAAUGCGCCUACAAAAUUCGUUAUAUUCGGCGUUUAGACGAAUAAAAGUGUCGUGACGGUGGCCUUUAUAAAUACCACGCCCAACUCACUGUGAUGUCAUUUCCGCUUUUCAUGCGCGCAAGGAUGGAAAAGCACGCUGCAUUUGGAAAGACGACAGAGAGAGCAUCCGCCAUGUCUCAUCGUGAGAUGGCGACGAUGGUGAGACUUCUUGACAAAUACAAAUAUGAAGAUUGGCGGACAAUAGCUAAGAAACCACCUUUUUAUAAGAAGACCAUUAUGCAAAAGAUCGCAAGGAUUUUAAAGAAGCAAUAUGGAGUGGAUAGAGACAUCAGACAGCUGCAGAAAAGGUGGUCAGAUCUGAAGUGCAGAGAAAAGAAUCAACUUAAAAAAAUUCGUGAAACAAUAAGAAAAAAAUCUAAACAAACCAACCAUGACAGGACAAAAACGAACAAACACCCUUCUUCAGACAAACCAUGUCAAAAUUCUUCUUCACAAACAAAACCUGUUGCAACAAAAGGUCAACCUGCAUCUGCAGACAUCGAAGUUUCUCUAAAUUCUUCCAUACAAACCAUGCAAGACCCUUCAUCUGGCACACCCACUUCUUCAAACAUCGAGGAUCAUCAUAAUUAUUCUUCACAAACCAAGCAUGCCACUUCAAAAACUGCUGAACCCACAUCUGACAUUGGCAAUUUUCAAACUAUUAGAAUGGAAAACCCUGAACAAAACAAGCCGGAACCUUCUAUGAAUGUAGUGCAGAUAGAUUAUGGUUUAUCCCCAUUGGACUUUUUUAAACACAACUGCAAAAGAUUUUCAGAAGAGCUUAUGGAAACUUGCAACAAACUAGAACGUGAUGAUGCUGCAUCCCAGUGCUCUAUUGAUUUGUUCAGUUAUCCUUCAGAAGAAAUUGUUGAAUUGAAACAAGAUGUCAAAUUUAUUAAGUUGUUACUUCUAUGUAUUGCAAAACAUCUUUUCAAUACUGAGGAAAUAUCAGAUAAUGAAUGUGUUCAAGUUUCUAACAGUACUUAA